UGCUGUUCGUCUGUGUGUAUUCAUUUUUCAGAAAGAAGACUCUGCUGGCUGCUUUUAAUCAGCUUUGGCGUUCUGUGUAUCAUUCAAGUCACUCUUAACAUUGCUCUACGUCUAACUUUGAACUCAAGUAUGGAACAAACUGUCACAGACUGCAACACCACUCACUCGUGUGAUGAUGAAAAUCAGGUGACGAUUGUGCAGGACUGUGAGCGGAGGAUGCCUUGUCACUGCAACAAGUUACAAGACAGAUUCAAUGCCUUGACCAGAGAGAGAGACCAGCUUAGAAAUGAGAAGAGUGAUCUCACCAACAGGAUAACGAAGCUGGUGGAAGAGAGGGACAGACUGCUAAGGGAGCUGAGUAGCUGUGUGUCCUCUCAGCAGUGUCCCCCAGAUUGGAGGGAUAUCAACUCCAGAUGUUACUUCCUCUCCACUGAGCAAAAAACAUGGGAGGACAGCAGGAAAUACUGUCAGAGUAAAGGUGCUGACCUGGUGGUGAUCAACAGUGAAGAGGAACAGAGGGCCUUGUACCGUAUGGAUGGGAAUCAGGAUCUCUUGUUCUGGAUUGGUCUACAUGACACCACUGGGACUUUUAAAUGGGUUGAUGGAUCUGCGCUGACCAAAACAUUUUGGCAAUCUGGCCAGCCAGGUGAUGGUGGUCCCAACAACAAAGAGGAGUGUGUGGAGAUGUAUCACUUCAAUCCAGUGUUGGCCAACUGGAAUGAUGCCCCCUGUGGGCACAAUCGACAUUGGCUGUGUGAGAAGGUGCCAUGUACCAGUCCAUAGUACAAAAAAAUAAAAAUAGAUAAAAAAUAGAAUAUGCACAUCCUAAUGAGAUUAAAAAAAAAACCAAACAAACAAUAUAUUGGAUUGCAUGUUACUUGAAGGUAUUAGAUGUUAAAAUGUGUUGAAUUUGUUGAAAUGUUUGUAUUAAAAGGAAAAUCCAAUAGUCAUUGAUACACAGUGUAACAGAUAAAAACAUUUUUUUUUAAAUGUUAUUAUCAUUAUUUCCACCAAAAUCCUUCACGUGAUGUGUUUCAGUUCCUUUUUACUUGAAAUAUGGAUUGUUAAAAUUUUUGUGCUUUUAUUUUCUUAUUUCCUUCAUUUUUACAAACAUGAGCUUUUAUUUUGAAAGUUUACGGAUAUGUUGCGUGUAGCCCUUUCCGCUGUUUCUGAGUAGCAGAGGUAUGUAGUUGAGGCUCUGGGAUCAAAAAGUUAUGUUUUUGAGUUUUGGAGCAGAUUUGGUGAAUGAAUGUUAAUGUAAUGUUGUUCUGAGAUGUGUUUAUGCUGUUUGCUAUCGUGUAGCUUGAUUGUGGGAGCAGUUUUGAGCAAGAGAAAGAAAGUUAAUUUGCUGUGAUUUCUCCCUGUGUGUGUGCGCGCCGGUGAAUGUGGAUUUGUGUGUUGUGUGCAUAUGCUAAUACACUCUCCGUGUAAUAGCCUACAUGUUAAAUGGGUUUUAUUUUGUAUUUUUUUGUGUUAGGUAUAUUGUGGAUAGGAUGACUGUUUCACUCACAUCCAUAUUGUUUCAUGUGACAAUCAUACAGGUAUGUGUGUUGCGCAGCGUCCAUUUGCCAUGUUCAGAGAUGUUAACUUGAGUAAUUCGCUGUGUGGAAAUAUGUGAUUUUUUUUGGAGAUAAUGUUGCAUUUGCAGUCUGCGCUGUUUGUGAUGGGCAGAGGUAUAUUGGGGAGAGGAUGACUGUUUCACUCACAUCCAUAUUGUUUCAUGUCACCAUCAUACAGGAAUAAAGUGACAGUGAGAAACCGGCCCUGCGUCCCAUGUUACUGAUCACAGAACACAACGCAGUGUAGUCGGGGCCUGCAGACCUUUCCGGCUACAACGGCAUGAUAACUAUAUGAAUAAAAGAUACAACAACCUGUUGA